UUUGCUAGUUUAAGCUGGUUUAUGGUCUUUCAGUCUGCUACGCUGGUCUAGAUGGUCUCCCAGGCUGUCUUAAACCGAAAAGUUCCCAAAAUCCAUUUAAAACCAGUCCGAGCAGGCCGAGAGACCAUCUGAGACUGGUUUAAGAUGUCUUAAGAUCUGUCAUUGUUUCUCUUCCCACAGUUUUCAGAUUGGAUCUACUGAUUAGCCACACCAAACAAUGUCCUUUCGUUUUCAAGAGGACCGCCAAACAGGAGCAGAAUACAGGAGCAGAAUAUUGACAAAUGUCAUCAUGUGACAGCCUUCCUACAUGGUGCAGGUGUUUAUUGUGUCCGUGUUAAGAUGCCACGACUAGAGGAGUUAGCUAAUGUUGUCCUCAGGGUGCCCAGCAUCUUGGUGUUGGACAUGCUGUAUAAAUGUGACAUUGACAGCUUCACGGAUCAUCUCAAAGCGAGGACAGAAGACAUGCUCUUCAAGUACAAAUAUGUAAUCUGGAACAUAUAUUAUUUGGGUCACAUAGUGAGCACCGUGGUGCUGCUGUUGCCACUUGGGCAUAUUAUCCAGCUCUACCUACAUGUUCUCUGCGCCCUGCUUCUUUACAUGGGUCAUCAGAUUGUCAGAGAUUAUGUAAGAGAUGAAGCUCAGUAUGGAUAUGAUGGUGCACUCUUUCUGGACUCUCCGGCAUUGAACCGUUUUGUGACUGCACUCACCAGUAAGUUACAAGUAUCACAACCGAUAGUAAUGCCAAAAAGUACUUGGACUUUAAAGCUAUUAAGAUUUUGGCAAACAUAUUCGCUUACUAGCUUUUUGCUGAACAUAUUCCACAAAGCCUGACAAUCAAGAUCUAACAAACUUUAUUUUGUAAAAGUGAUUUGUGCUAUAUGUAAUAUUUAAUA